CGUGAACGCAUGCAGAACCGAAAAUGAACACGACCAUGAACAUGAACGUGGCCUCGGAGCUAAAGAAGUGUUUGGUUUCUGGCUGUCGGUCGUUGCAGAAAGUGAAGCAAUGCCAUUGUCGCCUUCUCCGACUUGGUCUCAACCACGACACCUUUCUCAUCAACACCCUCUUGCGCACUUCCCUCAACCUCCGCGCCACGCAAUACGCCACCGUCGUUUUCGCCCAAACGCCGCACCCCAACAUCUUCCUCUACAACGCAGUCAUCCGCGGCCUCGUCUCCAACGAUGCCUUUCACGACGCCGUUUCGCUAUACGCUUCUAUGCGCCAGCGCAGCACCGUUGUCCCCGACAACUUCACCUUCCCCUUCGUCCUCAAAGCCUGCGCCAGGCUCAAAAACACCCACCUGGGUCUCACCCUUCACUCUCUCGUUAUCAAAACCGGGUUCGAAAGGGACGUGUUUGUUAACACCGGCCUCGUUUGUUUCUACUCCAAAAACGGGUUUUUGAGUCAUGCUCGCGGGGUGUUUGAUGAAAUUCCUGACAAGAAUGUUGUGUCUUGGACUGCCAUCAUUUGUGGGUACAUUGAGUUUGGUUAUUGUGAGGAGGCUGUUGGGUUGUUUAGAGGAUUGCUGGAAAUGGGUGUGAGGCCGGAUAAUUUUACGUUGGUUCGGGUUUUAUAUGCGUGUUCGAGAACGGGGGACUUGGCUAGUGGACGGUGGAUUGAUGGGUAUAUGAGGGAGAAUGGGUUUUGUGGGAAUGUGUUUGUGGCAACCUCUUUGGUUGAUAUGUACACGAAGUGCGGGAGUAUGGAGGAAGCACAGAGAGUGUUUGAUGGGAUGGUGGAGAGGGAUGUUGUGUGUUGGAGUGCCUUGAUUCAGGGGUAUGCUGCUAAUGGGAUGCCAAAGAAAGCGCUUGAGGUGUUUUUCGAGAUGCAGAAGGAGAAUGUGAGGCCGGAUUGUUAUGCCAUGGUGGGGUUUCUUUCUGCAUGUGCGAGGCUGGGGGCGUUGGAGUUGGGGGAUUGGGCUAGGGGUUUGGUAGAUGGCGAUGAGUUCCUGUGUAAUCCUGUGUUGGGUACUGCAUUGAUUGACUUCUAUGCCAAAUGUGGAAGUGUGGGGCGGGCAGUGGAGGUUUUUAAGAGUAUGAGGAGGAAGGAUCGUGUGGUGUUCAAUGCUGUUAUUUCUGGGCUGGCUAUGUGUGGACAUGUUGGGGCUGCCUUUGGGGUGUUCAGCCAAAUGGGAAAGGUUGGAAUGCAGCCUGAUGGGAACACUUUUGUUGGUUUGCUCUGUGGGUGUACUCAUGCUGGUUUGGUUGAUGAUGGUCGGCGUUAUUUUAGUCACAUGAGUUGUGUUUUUGAUGUGACUCCUACUAUAGAGCAUUAUGGAUGCAUGGUGGAUCUUUUGGCUCGUGCAGGUUUGUUGGUUGAGGCACGGGAUUUGAUCAAGAGUAUGCCGAUGAAGGCGAAUGCUAUUGUUUGGGGAGCACUGUUGGGAGGAUGUAGGUUACACAAGGAUACCCAAUUGGCUGAACAAGUGUUGAUGCAGCUCAUUGAGUUAGAACCGUGGAAUUCAGGACAUUAUGUUCUCUUAUCGAAUAUAUAUUCAGCGAGCCGUCGAUGGGAUGAAGCAGAAAAAAUCAGGUCAAGUUUGAGUGAGAAAGGGAUGCAGAAAUUACCUGGGUGUAGUUGGGUUGAAGUUGAUGGGGUUGUUCACGAAUUCCGUGUAGGAGACACUUCCCAUCCUUUAACACACAAGAUAUAUGAAAAACUUGAAAGUUUAUUUAAGGACUUGAGAGAAGCUGGCUAUAGUCCAACCACUGAGUUUGUGCUCUUUGAUGUAGAAGAGGAGGAGAAGGAGUACUUCCUGGGCUGUCAUAGUGAGAAGUUAGCAGUUGCGUUUGCACUGAUCAGUACCAGUGUCAAAGAUGUGAUUCGUGUUGUUAAAAACCUUCGUGUAUGCGGUGAUUGUCAUGAAGCUAUAAAACUUGUUUCAAAAGUUACAGAGAGAGAGAUUGUUAUUAGAGAUAAUAAUAGAUUUCAUCAUUUCAGUGAAGGAUCAUGCUCUUGUCGGGAUUAUUGGUAAAAAAAUUAUAUAUUUAUUCUGAGAUGUGAAGAGACAUUUUGAAUUUACUCCCACAAAAUUUAAAACGAAAUUACAUGGAGACGAUAGGAAAUGUAUUUUGCAAAUUAAACUUCGGAUAGUGAAUGUUUAUUCACUUGUAAGCUUGAUUUUUCAUAUUAUAUUGGACUCGGAAUCUUCCUUCCCUUGUAGAAAAAAUGAUCCAUUAUAGUAUA